GACUCCACAGCUACAAUUGGAGAGCAUUUGUCCUCCCGCAUAGAUCUUCGAUACUAGCCUCCUCAGAGUUGAAUGAAAGUGCCAGCUCUUACAUUAGUAUUAGGUAAUUUCUUGCCUUCGUUUUGUUACUAAGAGGUCAAGAUACUUCCCCAUCCAUAAGCAAUGCCAAAACGCUCACGAAAAGGGCCUCUGACCUUUGAAUCCUCAGAUCCCGAUUCUCAAAUAGUACCAGAAGGCAUGGGAUCCCCAACGUCUCCGCAUGGGAAACUUGCCCAUUUGGACGACCAGAAUGGGGACAUAGAAGUGAUGCGUUGCUCCUUACCUCCGCACAGGGAACAUGUCUCAUUUUCGUCAUAUGAAGACUAUGAAGUCCAUUAUGCUCAAGAACAUGUCAACCGAUGUCUGGAGUGUGGGAAGAAUUUUCCUACUGGACACUUUCUUACUCUUCAUAUUGAGGAACUGCACGAUCCAAUCAUUGCUUCGCGCAGAGAACGGGGCGAGAAGACGGUGCGUUUUCCUUUAUUUUCAAUAUUUCCGACCGAGUCUGCCCCGCAAUGCAUAUGUAAGCUAACGUAGAAGGACAGUUUUCAUGUUUUGUUGAAGGUUGUAAUCGGAAAUGCUCGACGAGUCGGAAGCGAAGACUCCACCUCAUUGACAAGCAUCAAUUCCCAAGGGUGAGUUAUUCCCUCUCCCUUUUAUCUCGUCUAUUCUAAAGGUAACGCAUGUGCCAAAAUAAUCGGAGAAGAGCAGGUAAAAAGGAAAGGAUAACUAUGGAUAUUCAAGCCCUCGUCUGUGAAAACUCCGUCCGGCUAACCCCCCAAUGCUAACAUCUACCAGCUGUAUAACUUCUCCAUCGUCAACACUGGCAUCGAUCAGUAUAACUCAAUGCUCAGAGGCGGUAUGGCGCCAACUCACCGCCGGCGAGUCUCAGUGCCCAACUCAGUACAACAUGAGAAUCGCCUGCGACGACGAAAGUUGUCCCAAUCGACAAAUGGAGAAAGUCCUACCAAUGCCGAACCGCCACCCAAACCUAGCAACAUCAGCGCCGAAGCCACUAUCUGCACAAACCUGAAUAGCGCGGCGGGAGGUAUUCAAUUACCUCUGCACGUAAAACCCGGCCCCGUAAGCGCGACAAAAGCAGCAGCUACGAGCAAACCAAAGCCAAACGACGACAUUAAUGACAAGGGGUCUGAUAUUGAGGAAUUGGAGAAGUCGAUGUCGGCCCUCAUGUUUGUCCCGACGAGCGUUGCUCUGAGGAUGGAUGGAACAAAACAACGACCUAAACAGGGACGAUAACGACAAAUCAAUUUUUUUUUUUUUUUUUUUGGAAAUUUUUUUAAAGGAAUUUUUUAUUAAUUGGGUUUCCAUAUCCCACCCUGCAAGCGAAGAUAUCAUUGGGUUUGCGCGGCUUUAUGUUCUUAUUCCAUAACGGAGAUAUAUACUAUGAAAUGAAUGAAUUAUGCAUGGCCAAUUG